CCGACCAGUGGACAAAUGGACAGGAAAUGCAGAUGGCACCAUGGUCAUUCACAAGAUCCAAGGAACGACACAUUGAAUGCAUACCUACGUGCGCACAUUGAGGGCGCUGCGCAGCAUGCACUGAACACGAUCAUGGCUGAAGUUCUUGAAGUCACGACGGCGGGUAACCCUUCAAAAGGUGCUGAGGGGACAUCAGAAGAGACCUCAAAGAAUGCUACUCUGCUAGACAGCAUAUCGGACAGCGUUGUUGCCAAGCACUACAACGAGCGGCAGGAGGUGGGCCUGCAGGAACGCACCAAGAGCCGCAUCUUCUUCCUGCGUAACUUCAACAACUGGAUCAAGAGCAUCUGCAUCGCCGACGUCCUGCAGCGCCUGCGGACGAGGGACCCCCGGGCCGAGCUGACUGUCCUGGACCUGUGCUGUGGGAAGGGCGGCGACCUCCUGAAAUGGAAGAAGGGACAGAUCUCCAGACUGGUGUGCUCAGAUAUAGCUGAGAUGUCUUUGCAGCAGUGUGAGGAGCGAUACAAGGAGUUGGGAAAUCGGUCACACAAUCCCCACGAAAAAGUCACCUUCAGGGCAGAGUUCUACAAAGCUGACUUGUCCAAGGAAGUUUUGAGUGAAAUGUAUGAGGAUCCCAGUAUCCAGUUUCACCUCACCAGUUGCCAGUUCUCCUUCCAUUAUUCCUUUGAGAGCCAAGCCCAGGCCGAGACCAUGCUCCGCAAUGCCUGUGAGCGACUACGGCCAGGCGGGUACUUCAUCGGCACGGUACCCAACGGCUGCGAACUUGUACGAAGAUUACGGGCUUCAGAGGGCACCUGGUUUGGAAACGAUUUCUACAGUGUCAACUUUCACAGCAAAGACAAGUUUCCGUUGUUUGGAUGCCAAUAUGACUUCCACCUCGAUGGCGUGGUUGACUGCCCGGAAUUUCUUCUUUACUUUCCCUUGCUUGAAGAAAUGGCCAAAAGGCACCAGAUGGAACUUGUCUACUGCAAGACAUUUCACGAGUUCUUCCAAGAGCACUCGGGAGACCCAGAGAACAGUCAGCUCCUCAGCAGGAUGAAAUCUCUCGAGCAAUACCCGCCUGAUCGUGGCAACACACCAAGCAGUUCAACGGAUGGGGAUUAUUCACAUGCCGAAGAGCACUUCCAACGGCUUAAAGAACAGUCAGACAGACACAUCAAACUGGGUACUCUGUCAAAGUCAGAGUGGGAAGCCACCAGCCUGUACGUAGUGUUUGCUUUCAGGAAGGAGACAUCCCAAGAGUCAGCGACUGCCAUGACGUCUACCACAUGACAAUAAUAUUGUUAAAUGUUAAUAUCAGUUAUUUUUUCGAGGACGCUUUUGCAAGCAGCAUUGUUGCUGGAUACCAAACUCGAUAUGUUUUUUUCUCUCAAGAGGUAUUUUUCUCUAAGGAAAGAUUUUGCUUUAAAUUUGUUUUGUAAGUGACUGUCACUGGAUGGCACUACCUCCCCACGACCUCUCACUUGAGAAUUAUAUUUCCUGAGAACUGUCUGCCCACCUUUAGCUAUAAGAUCUGGAUUAUUUUUGCUAGGCAGUGCCCUGAAUCCAGAAAAAAAUUCAACACUGCUUAGUAAACCAAUGGUACCUGUUCAGACAUCACACCCCAUAGUGACUGGGCCUACUGCAAUCCUAAGUCCAUCAAAUCCACUAAAAACCAACAUUUUGGUUUUCACGGAUUUUGAUGGACUCUGAACUGUACAGCCCUGGCUCCAUUACAUUUCACAGUAUUUUUAAUAUGUCAGAGUUUAAGUAUAAGUGAGUAUGCCACUUGUUUGUUGCAGUGUGCUUAAUUUUGAAGGAUUUAGGAAGGUUUCUACCAAAUAUGCCUUGGGUAGAGUAUUUAUUAAGAUUUAUGUGGCAGUUAAAGCUUUAGGCAUUAGUCCAUCCAGGGCAUUUUACAUUUAUUCUAAGGGGGACUAUUGCUGUGUCUCACAGAGAACUUUUUACCUACGUCCGCUUGAAUUAGAAUUUUCCUUUUGAUCAUUUUUCUCUGCUGCCGAAAAUACUUGUUAAGUUUGAUUGUACAAUGCUCAAACUAAAUUAAUAUUGCCUUUAAUCACUGUUGUCGUUAUGAUCAUUACUUAAAGGUGAUGAUUAAGGUGGCAAGACAACGCCAUGUGCGCUUGUCAGAAUUACGAUGUAAUAACACAGUUCAUUAAAUAUGUGAAUGAUCAUAUAGUAGAUGUAUUUUCUUUGUACCAUUAAGUCACUGUGCUUACAAUAGGUGUCGUAGUAACAAACAUGAGUUACUUGUUAUCUGCAUUUCUUAUGCCGACAAAGUGUCACUUUUUUCAGUGAAAAAAGAUGCGCUUUUCGAAACUUUUUGAAAUAUGAAAAAGUCCAAACUCCGCCUCCCCAUGCUGUGCUUCAGUUCAGGACCUUGUGAUACAGAUCAGAAAUCAGUCAGGACAUUGACCGUGAAGUGAACUCAUUACAAAGAGUGUGUUGACUAGCUGUCAUAAUAAAUAAAAUACUGGACACAAACUGAGGAUUAACAAAUUA